CCAUAGAAGAGAACAAAUUUUUUUGUAGGCUGUACUGGUACAUUAUGGUGUGAUGGAUGUUUACAUGCAUUGUUUGGUUUCGCUGUUUGUGCAAUGGAGGUUCUUCAAUUAUAGGAACCUGCAUGGUAGAAACCAAAUGAGCAGGUAACUUCGGAUUGGCCAACCGGCGGCAAGGUGGAGUUCCGCAACUACCAGUUAAGGUACCGAGAGGGACUGCCGCUCGUACUGAAGGGGAUAAACUUCACCAUUCAGGGAGGGGAAAAGGUGGGAAUCGUGGGCCGCACCAGAGCCGGCAAGUCCUCCCUCACGCUGGCGCUGUUCCGCAUCAUCGAGGCGGCCGGGGGAGCCAUCCUGAUGGACGAUGUCGACAUCGCGACGCUGGGGCUGCACACUUUGCGCUCGCGCAUCACCAUCAUACCGCAGGACCCGGUGCUGUUCUCCGGGACUCUGCGCAAGAACCUGGACCCCUUCGAAAGGGUGUCUGACGACGCCCUGUGGGCCGCAUUGGAGCACGCUCACCUCCGGGCGUUCGUGAAGGGGCUGCCGACGGGCUUGAGCCACGAGGUGUCCGAGGGCGGAGAGAACCUCAGCGUGGGGCAGAGACAGCUCAUCUGCCUGGCCAGGGCUCUGCUCAGGAAGACCAAGGUGCUGGUUCUGGACGAAGCCACGGCCGCCGUCGACCUCGAGACGGACGACCUCAUUCAGACAAAGAAGGUUGGCACGACAGUCGUAGAUUCACCAGAGGAGAGCAGGAGCACGAACAUGUAAUUCAGGAUACUCUCCCAAGCAAGGGUGAUUGUCCUUGAUGAUGGCCGAGUGAUAGAGUACGACUCCCCUGAUGCCUUGCUCCAGAACAAAGAUUCUGUGUUCCACGGCAUGGCCAAGGAUGCAGGCAUCGUCUGAUGAAUUCCAGUACUCUUGCGGCCAUGACGGGAUCUUCACUCCACACACACACAUCUGCAGAAUAACAUUCCAUAGUCACUCCCAUGUUCAGUUACGUUUUUGGUUGUGGGUGACCACUGUAACCUGUUGCCAAUCUUUGAGUUUGUUAACGGUCUGGGGGUAUAAGUGUUUUAUCGCAUAAUGUUCACAAAUUUUAUGCUAAUAUUUAGUUUGAAAAGUAGGGAUGAGACUUUUAUUCGAGAAAAGCAUUCUUUGUUGAGUUUUUCAUAUAAACAAAACAUGUUGCAUGGAAAGUAUAACUAUUGUCGAAGUGCGAGAUAUAAAUAUUCCACUACGGACGCGCACUCUAUAGCGGCAUCAACGUAACCAAACAUUAAUGAUGCUAACUAGCGCUGGCUAUAUUAUUAUAUGUGCUACAUAAAGUCUUUAGAAAAUUUACACAUCGGACAACUUUCUAUGCAUUUUAAUUAUAUAAGCGGUAAUAUCCUAAAGAAUAAUGUAUUUUAACUUUAAAAUAUCAGAAGUUUAUGGACAAUAUCUUACGCAGGAAAAAAUAACAUAUCUUAAGGAAAAAUGUAGGCACUGAAAUGUUAGACCAUAUUGGACUGAAAAUCGCAUUGUGCAGGUACCUCUUAAAUGAGUUUUACUGUAAUUGUGAUUAUUGUAUUUUUCCAUUAUAACUACUAUACUGCCUUACAGCAACUUUGAAAACAGAUUGCUAUAACACACUGCUUCGUCAUAUGAUCUUUGGCAAGGCCAUGUGUACUACCUACACAAGGAGCACGAAAUAUAACAGCGGGACAAAAAUGAUCAUGCAAUUUUUAUGCAAGGACGAUUCUUUUUUCCAAAAUUUUGUUGCCCUAAAAUAACAUUCCAAUGAUUAUGCAAGUGUGACAAUUAUGCGAUAAAACACUGUAUUAGGUUCAGUGGUUCUCAAAGUUUGUGCCCUAAAUGAUUUCCGAGUGUACUUUGUGGUAUUCCAGAGAAAUAUGUGUCCUGAUAUAAAAAUAAACAUACUUACUCUAUUAUACCAUUUUAUCACAGAUAUAUUAUUCUUUUUGUUUAAACAUUAUUAUUAUGUGUUAUUUGAAUGAUUCUACAAGUUUUGCUUGAACAGUGACAUUAUUAUUAUAACAUAUUUGAUAUUUCUCAUAAAUUUGAUGAAGAUGUGCCUUCAAUUAUUGAUAGGCUUUAAAUGCACCUCGACUUCAAAAAAAGAUUGAGAACCAACAAUUUAUUUAAUUAACAAUGUGGCUGGUGUUCAUUAAAUGUGAUGUAUUUUUAUGAAAACAGAGUGAGCAUGGUUUCAUAGUUUGGUUUGCACAGUUAGGUAAGCUAAAUAUUUUGAGGUUAAACAAGUGGAAUAGUACUUUUCUUUUCCUCAUGUCUUCAUGCCAGUACUUAAUUUUGGAAUUUUUUUUUAUUAAUUUGCAACAUGAAUAUCCAGUGAGCUAGCUACUCCAGUAUAGCCUCUGUGUUCAGAGAGAACCUUGUAUUUCUCUUCGAGAUCUAAGCUGGUCUUUGUAUGACAUGUUGAAUUAGAAGACAAACAGUUAUGUACUAACUAAUACAUAGUUACUGCUGUAAUUUUUUUUUUCAUUUAUUAUGUGAGCAUGGGUAAACAUUAACAGGGUAAACUUGAUUGAUGGAUAUGUUAUAAAAAAAUUUGUUUUAUAUUUUGAAAAGAUUAAAUGGAAAUAUGAUUAUAUUUAUUUGUUUAUUUUGAUACAUUCAAUAAUAUAUUUUGUUUACUUUUUAGUACUUAAAACAGUAUUUAUAGUCCUGUAGCUACAGCUUGUAACACCUCAUAGAAUAUUAAAUAAUGAAAAAUAAUGUGUGUUGUUACUUUGGGAUUAAUGAAUCGGUGCUAUUUCACUGUUUUGAUGUUGAACACUUUUAUUUGAAAGUAUUUUUUAAAGUUGUAGGGUAUUAUUUUUUUAAUUUUAGUAAACAGAGGACAUUACUCUGUUAGUUGUUUGAUGAAGGUGUUACAGAUUUGACUACACGAGCAACUUUUAUUUAUGUAGAAAAUAAUUAUAUAAUUUCUUGUUACUUAUCAAAAUAAUAUGAAUUUAUCAAUUCCACAUUUCUUGUAUCACAAUAAUAUCAGAAGAAAUUAAAGGUUAAAUGUAUUUCUGCUUUUAGUACAUAUUGUAUUUUCAGUUUUUGUGUGGGUUCGUGGUGGCCAUGUGUGCUUGAAUCCUUGAAAAGCUGAAAAUUUGCUUGAAUUUUGGCUUUCAUCCUGGAUUUGUAUUGUUUCAUAAAUUUAUUUUGGCCUGUAUAGUGAAUAAAUACUAUAUCUAA